AUGUAUCGCAGAGUGCGCUCGGCUAGGAAGAUCAUUGAGGCUAAGGUAUUUGAAGGGGAUUUUAAGGGGGCUGUGCGACUUUUGCUGUCUGAGGACUCAUACGCACAGCAGGACUCCAACACUCUGGCAGGUUUAAGAGAGAAGCACCCGGCCCCAUCCCGCCCCCUUGAGGUCCCACCUGAUCCAGGAAUUUCUUUUAUCCCGGAGUCGGUGGCUAUAGAGGAGGUGGUGUCCGGGCUUAACUCGUUUUAUAGUGGCUCUGCGGGGGGUUUGGAUGGAUUGCGUCCCAGCCACCUCAAGGAAUUAACGUCUGUGUCGGCUGGGGAAAAUGGGUGCCGUCUUUUGGGAUGCUUGGUGAAACUCACAAAUUUUUUGCUUAGUGGGCAAGUGACUCCCCAAGUGUGCCCUUAUCUGUACGGCGCCUCCUUAUGCGCGUUGGCCAAAAAAGACGGCGGUAUAAGGCCUAUAGCUGUCGGCAGCGUUUUUCGUCGUUUGGCCGCCAAAUUAGCGUGUCGCGCCGUAAAAAAUGACAUGGCCGGUUAUUUACAGCCACACCAGUUGGGAUUUGGGACGCGUCUGGGUUGUGAGGCGGCCAUCCACGCAACGCGGUCGUUCGUAAUGGAACCAUCGAACUCGGACAGCAUUGUACUGAAGCUUGACAUUUGCAACGCGUUUAAUACUUUGGAAAGAGACGUUCUAUUGAGUGAGGUUAAAGAAAAAGUUCCUUCUCUCUAUCCUUUCCUUCAUCAGGUUUAUAAAUCUCCGUCGAAGCUUUUCUAUAGUGACAACCUCAUCCUUUCUCAAGUGGGAGCCCAGCAGGGGGAUCCGCUCGGGCCGUUAGUCUUCAGUCUGGCCAUACACAAAAUCAUAGUCGAACUCAAAUCGACCCUGAAUGUAUGGUAUUUGGAUGAUGGCACAAUAGGAGGGAAACCAGAAGAUGUUCUUCAGGAUCUUGAGACCCUUAUUCCUCGUCUCAAAGAACUAGGUCUAGUGGUGAAUCCCUCUAAAUGCGAAUUUUUCCCCUGCAGUACAGAGGCUCGUACACACUUCACUUGUUUCUGUUCGAUUCUGCCAGGCCUUAAGGAACUUUCGGUUUCUGAUUUCACCCUUUUGGGGUCUCCAAUUUUUCUUGAUGGAGUUCCUGGGGCCCUUUCUUCUCGCACUCGCCUUCUCUGUGUCACUCAGGAACGUCUUAAAGACCUUUCCGCGCACGUGGCAAUUGUUCUGUUGCGGAUGUGCUUUGCUGUUCCGAAGAUUACGUACCUGCUACGGACUACCCCAACCUGGAAGUGUCCGGGUGAUGUGGCUUCAUUUGACGAGGCCCUAAAAUUGACGGUUGAGUCUGUUUUAAACGUCUCCUUUGAUGAAAAUCAAUGGGUGCAGGCGACUCUCCCGAUCCGGUAUGGGGGUUUAGGGGUGCGAUUAUCUCGUGAUGUGGGCUUGCCGGCUUUCUUGGCGUCGGCGCAUGGGGUUGCAGACCUUGUCGCUACUAUCCUCCAAUCUAAUGGCGGCGGGGAAAGUUUGCCCUAUGUGUCCGAUGCCUUGUCAGCAUGGGGGGCCCUCAACGCGGGAGAGUCAAUCCCUGUUGAGUCCGAUCUUCAGCGUGCGUGGGAUGAUGUCGGGGCGAAGCGGAUCCAGGGUCAACUUAUGUCUCGUGCCGAUGGGGCAUCUUUGGCCAGACUCCGGGCGGUUUCCCAACCUGAAUCUGGGGCAUGGUUGCACGCGUUACCCUCCCCUCACUUGGGCACCUUAUUAGACGACGACUCUUUGCGUGUGGCGGUGGCUUUUCGCCUGGGUUGCAAGGUGUGUGAACCCCACAUAUGCACCUGCGGUUCCAUGGUGGAAGCUGAUGGCCAUCACGCACUGAGUUGUCGACGUUGCGCGGGGAGGUUCUCGCGUCACCAUGCACUCAACGAUAUUAUCCGGAGGGCCUUAGUGUCAGCGAGCGUACCCUGCGUGCUUGAGCCCCCGGGCCUGUGUAGGUCUGACGGGAGGAGACCGGAUGGUUUGACUUUGGUGCCUUGGAAAAAUGGCAAGUGCCUGGUUUGGGACGCUACUUGUGUCAGCACUGUUGCCGCCAGCCACCUUGGUCGAACCAUCCACUCACCGGCGGCAGCGGCUGAGGAUGCCGCUGAGAAGAAGAGGGAGAAGUAUGCAGCUCUAUUGCCUGCAUAUAACUUCGUGCCCGUUGCCGUGGAGACCUUUGGUAGCUGGGGGGCGGACACCAAAAUCUUUGUGUCAGAAUUGGGUCUCAGGCUCAGGGAGAAAACAGGUGACUCCCGCUCCGGCUCGUUCCUGUUCAUUGUGAUCCAGUUCGCGAAGACUAUGCUGAACUUUUGA